AUGGCGCAUGUCUGCGACAAAGACAAAGACGAGCCCGCGAUGAGCAAGGAUGACUUGCUCCAAGCUCAGACGGAGCUCUACCACCCCUCGCUCGGCUUCAUCAAGUCCAUGGCGCUCAGGGCCGCCGCCGAUCUGCGCAUCCCGGACGCCAUCCACCGCCUCGGAGGCGCCGCCACCCUGUCCGAGCUCGCCGACGCGACCGGGAUCCACACGACCAAAGUCUCACACCUCCGCCGGCUCAUGCGCGUGCUCACCACCUCCGGCAUCUUCUCCGUCGUCGGUGACUCCAGGACUCACGCCCCCGUGUACAAGCUCACCCGGGUCUCCCGUCUCCUCGUCGAAGACGGCGGCACCGGCCUGUCCCCGAUGGUGCUGGGCGUGUACGUCAACCCGGCCGCCGUAAACGCUCUCUUCAGCAUGCGCGAGUGGUUCACCGCCGAGAGGUCAGAGCACGCAGGCUUAUCACUGUUCGAGUUGGCGCACGGCUGUGGCCGGUGGGAGAUGGCGGCAGAUCAGGAGGACGCCGGCGUUUCCCACGAUGGCAUGGUCGCUGACAGCCGCGUCGUCAUGGAGGCCCUCCUGAAGGAUAGCGGCGGCGGCGGCGGCGUGUUUCAGGGCGUGAGCUCGCUCAUGGACGUCGGAGGCGGCCAUGGCGCUGUCGCCGCGGCCGUCGCGAGGGCGUUCCCGCGAGUCAAGUGCACCGUGCUGGAACUCCCCCAGGUGGUCGCCGGAGCGCCUGCUGUCGAAGGCGAUGUCCGGUUUGUCGCCGAGGACAUGUUUCAGCACAUCUCGUCGGCGGACGCUGUUCUUCUCAAGUGGAUUUUGCACUGUUGGCAAGACGAAGAUUGCGUCAAGAUAUUGAAGAAGUGCAAAGAAGCCAUCCCAACAAGGGAUGCCGGAGGAAAGGUGACAAUCAUCGAUAUGGUGGUCGGGCUUGCUGUUGCUGGGUCUCCUGAAACAGUUUCCAAUGAGACGCAAGUCUUCUCCGAUGUUUACAAGAUGUACAUGGACGGGGUCGAGCGAGAGGAGCACGAGUGGAAGAAGAUUUUCCUUGAAGCUGGAUUCAGUGACUAUAAGAUCUCGCCCGUUCUGGGGUUUCGAUCGAUUAUUGAAGUCUACCCUUGA